AUGAAUCGCUGUUAUUCUACGAGGCCAAACCUGAAAGACGAAUUCAGGGCCACCGUCAAAGGAAAGGCAGCGCCGCGGCCUUGUGUGUUUGCCGAUGAAGAUCGCGACGACAGAGUUGUUACGAACAAAGAAACUAUCAAAUCAUGGUUAAAGAUUCCAAAAUCGGAACUGAUGAACAAGAGAAGAUCGAAGAAGGAGUUUAGAACGAUGAUGCAAUUGGAUACAAUCCAAGGAAGGGAAAAAGCGGAGUGGCUCAAAGAAGCACGUGACUAUUCUUUCUUAUCCUCAGAUUCAGACAUGACCCCCUCGUGUGAGAAUAUUAUUAUUCCUCAAGUUCGCCGCUGUCCAGUUGUUUCAUCUGUUAUUACUAAACCAAGAAGCAGUAUUCUCCGACGGCCCGUCAAGAAAUCGAUCGUGAAGGGGAUCGUGAAGGAGAAGGCCCCCGUUUCGAAGAAGGAAUUAUUAGCUUCCAAGAAUUAUUCAAAGAAAGAAACCCUAAUUUCGAAGGAGGAUUUUAUACUGCCGGCCAAGAAGAAGAACAAUCCAUUACUAUGUCAAGAAUCUAGGAAACGAAAGCUAGUGGUGCACGACGAAGAAGACGAAGACGAAGAGAUUAGCACACCCAUCUUUUCCGACGAGAAAGAACCCACUAUUAGGGUUCCGACCAAAUUUUCCGACGACAAAGAACCUGUUACUAGGGUUCCGACCAAAUUUUCCGACGAGAAAGAGGAGGCAAAGACGGAGGCUACUAACUUUGCUGAUAUUGAAAACGAAGAAACACGGAGCGCCAAGAUCGCCAAGAUUACAGACGAUGAUCGACAACAAGAAGUAAUUACGACGAAGAAGAGUCUGCGAAUUAGAAUCAAUUUAAAAACAGGUGUCUUGCUCAUGGUUUGA